CUCACCCACUCACUCACAGUCUCUCAGCCUUCACUGACGCACCGACUAAGCCGACAAAGCAAGCACACUAGCUAGUUUCCACCAUGGCAUCUCGCCGUGCCCACGCAGCCGCGACCAUGGCACUGCUGGUGGUGGCGCUUGUGCUGUCUGGGGCACCGGCGCCGGCGGAGGGUGCGGUUGCGAGCUGCGGUCAGGUGGUGAGCUACCUGGCGCCGUGUAUCGGUUACGCUAUGGGCAGGGAGCGUGCACCUGGCGGGGGCUGCUGCACGGGCGUGCGUAGCCUUAACGCGGCGGCUGCCACCCCCGCCGACCGCCAAGCCACCUGCACCUGCCUCAAGCAGCAGACGAGCGGCAUGGGCGGCAUCAAGCCCGACCUCGUCGCCGGCAUCCCCAGCAAGUGCGGCGUCAACAUCCCCUACGCCAUCAGCCCCAGAACCGAUUGCUCCAAGGUGCGUUAAGCGUUGCAUGGUGAGAGCGAAAUAAAUUGUGGAAGCCCCGUCCUUGCUAGCUAUAGCUAGCAGUACUGUAUGCGUAAAAAAAAUAAAAAAUCUAGCAGUACUGGAUGCAUGCAUGGCUCCACCGCGUUUAGUUUACUGCUUUACUAGUUCUACCGCUUUCUCAUAAUAAAUUAGUUUUACUGCUGCUGCCGCCGCAGCUUCGUUCGUACGUUGUGGCCGUUGUUGCCACGAGAGCUGUGAUCUUGUACUCCCGAGGGAACUCGUGUACUUUGUCGGAACUCUGUAAUGCAUGCUUACAAGCGAAAUAUAAGAUGGUCCUUUAAUAAUGAAA